CACUGAUCGGAGUGAUCCACGAUUAUUUUGCAUUUACUUACCUGUAAAUAACUUAAGAAUGUCGCUUGCUGAAGCAGAUAUUUCGAAAAUGAAGGUUGCUGAACUUAAAGCAGAACUAAAGAAACUUGGGCUGCCAACAACCGGACAAAAAACAGAGCUUGUUACUAGACUGAGAGAAGCUAUACAGACAGCUGAUGACAAUGACAUUGAGCCUGAAGAAGAGGGAGAUGAUGUUCUUCAAGACGAGGAGGAAAUAAUUCUGUCUGGAGACCAGGAUCUGUUGUCAGAAAGCCAGACAAAGGCAAAAGAAGAGGCAAAGGAGGAGGCAGAAAAUGUUAAGCCAGCAGCCAAAGUCAUCUCCACCAGUCUGUCUGAAGAAGAUAGGUUGAAGAAAAGGGCAGAGAGAUUUGGAGCAAUGAGUGAAGAUCUGAAAAAGAAAGCACGAGCUGAGAGAUUUGGUACCUCAAAGCCCAGUAAUGGAAAGAUCACAUCAAAUGUUGCAACUGAUGUUGAUAAGUUAAAGCAGAGGGCAGAGAGAUUCGGGACUGUGGUGGCACCUGUCCUAUCUAAGGUGACAAACACGGACAAAUUAAAGGAAAGGGCCGAGAGAUUUGGAACAGUAGUAGCACCAGCCUUAUCCAAGUCUGUGGAACAAGAGCAGCUACUGAAGAGAAAGGCGAGAUUCGAGGCCAGCUCGGGGUCAGCCUUAUUAGAUAGUGUAGAAGCCAAGAAACAAAAGCGUGCUGAGAGGUUCGGACUGACGUAGCGGGUUCUAUACUCACAGCUGUGUUCAUUAUAGGCAGUACCAUAUAAACAUCACGAAGCGGAUGAGAGGGGCCAGGGGAAAUUGAAUGAAUAUUUAGUCGUAUCUCCUCCAGUCAUUUAUAAUUAAGGAAUAUCAUAAUAUCAUAAUUAUCUUUGUUUCAUUUUUCAUCAUUGUGACUUCGUGUAAGUGAGAAAAACCGGGAGAUGGACUGAUUGUAUCUAGAUGUAUUUUACAGAGAGAAGAUUAAGGUUUUAUCUGUGUAUCCAUCCUUUUACUGAAGUUUCACUUGUAUAUUACUCAUAUCAUUAAUAAUGCAAUGAAUUAUAGAUAUUUUAGUUCAGGUUUUAAAAUAAAUAAAAUUUGUUU